GAGUUGAUCAUGGGUAAAGACGGUGAAUCCAGAGUUGUAUAGGUUCUUAACUCCAGCUAAAUGUGUAUAUCUUGAUCAUUUCAUUGGGCCGUGCAGUUGCUGCAGUUGACGUGGCAGUUGAAGAUGCUGUUGACCCCGGAUGUAGUAGCAGUUGCUGGAGGUGAAGACUAAGAACAAGCCAUUACCACCACAACCACCCACGCUUUACCUUAGUAAACUCUAUUACACCAUCUAUUAAACUCUCUUGUCGCUUCCUAUUUAAUUCUUAACUCAAUUAAUUCAAUUCAAUCUAAAAUCCUUUAUUCGGAUUCCUACUGCCAAUGAUUCAUCCGAAUUCCUCCACGAUUACGUAAGAUGACUACCGUUUCGCAAAAGUCUGGGGCACUUGAUUCCCCGGGCCAAAUACACUUGAAUAACGUGGAAUGCUACUAUAUAAAUACCUCAUGGAUCCCUAUUCAAUAAUCAAGGAAAGAUGUAUUACUAGCCAACCACAAUCAUGACAAUCUCUGUUGGUAUCAAUGGUUUCGGCCGUAUUGGAAGACUAGUCCUUAGAAACAUCCUCAAAAGACAAGACAUCAACAUUGUUGCAAUAAAUAACCCAUCCACUGAUGCUGAAUAUGCUGCUUACCUCUUCAAAUAUGAUUCUACUCAUGGUAAAUAUGCUGGUGAAGUGGAAUUCGAUGAAGACCAUUUAAUAAUUGAUGAUCAUCAAAUCAAAUUAUUUAGAGAAACUGAUCCAAUAAAUAUCCCAUGGGAAGAAUUAAAAGUUGAUUACGUUAUUGAAUCAACUGGUGUUUUCAAAGAAUUAGAUUCUGCUAAAAAGCACAUCAUUGCUGGUGCUAAAAAAGUUAUCAUUACUGCUCCUUCUAAAACUGCCCCAAUGUUUGUUGUUGGUGUUAAUGAAAAAAACUAUACUCCAGAUUUAAAUAUAGUUUCAAAUGCUUCAUGUACAACUAAUUGUUUGGCUCCUUUAGUUAAAGUCAUCAAUGAUAAUUUUGGUAUAGCUGAUGCCUUAAUGACAACUGUCCAUUCAGCUACUGCUUCUCAAAAAUUAGUUGAUGGUACUUCCAGAAAAGAUUGGAGAGGUGGUCGUUCAGCUCCUGGUAAUAUCAUCCCAUCAUCAACUGGUGCUGCAAAAGCUGUUGCUGCUGUGAUACCUGAACUAAAGGGUAAAAUCACUGGGAUUUCAUUACGUGUUCCAACUAUAAACAUUUCCAUUGUGGAUUUGACUGUUCGUUUAACAAAAUCAACUUCUUAUGAAGAAAUUAAGAAAACUAUUAAACAUUAUUCACAAAAUGAACUAAAAGGUAUAUUAGGUUAUACUGAUGAUUUUGUUGUCUCUUCAGAUUUCACUUCUGACUCAAGAUCCUCCAUAUUUGAUGCUAAAGCUGGUUUGGAACUGAAUUCAAAUUUCUUCAAAUUAUUGGCUUGGUAUGAUAACGAAUAUGGUUAUAGUUCAAGAGUUGUGGAUCUUUUAGAACACGUUGCUCAUGUUAGUGAAAGUGCAGCAGCUACUACUGCCUAAGAUAAAUAUUCAAAUACGUUUUUGCUUUUAGAUGAAUUGACC